ACGUUUCCUAGUCUGUCAUAUGCAAAACGAAACGAAGGAUCGAUAACUUGACUGGAGGGCAUGAAAAAAAUCCAGUUUUCUACUCGAUUAAAAUAAUUMUAUUACUUCAUGUCGCAAAUUGUAGCCAAAUCUAGUAUUAGCGCGUUAGCUUGAGGAUAAAGCUAAGAGUUUUAUCUARUCUAUGUUUGUUUAGCUGCUGUUAUCACGUCUGACUGCAGACUCCUGCUGUCCAAACACACCGCCUUUGUGGCGAUGACUGCGGAUUUACUGUCUGAUCUGGAUAGCCGAUUCUUCGCUGAUAACCUACUGACGAGCGAAGAUUGGGAUGCCUGCCUGUUCAAGUGUGAGAGCAUGGAGGAAGGAGAGGACGGGGACUUCAGUMAAGGGUUGAAAUACGAACCAUCGGUACGGUCAUGUUUCUGUUUAGGAAACACUUCGGUGAUAAAAAAUGAGAUGACAUUGACGGAGCCGCUCCCUGUGGAAAUGUUGUUCCAGGUCAAGGCUGAGCCUCCCUCUCCUGCUUCCUCGCUGGAGUCGGAUUGUUCGACCUUGUCGCCUGACCCACAGGUUACAAUUAAAGCCGAAAACCCUCCGACUCCUCCGUACAUGUAUGGAGACGUACUGUCUCCUCCGCUGGGGACGAUGGAGGUAACCGUGGCAACGACAGCAGUACCCCCACCCCAGUCCCAGAUUCCAAUAAUGACACAGACUCAGCUGCAGGCACCAUUAACAUCUGUCCAAGCAGUCAUCAAUGGAAUACAGACACAAACUGCAGUCCUGCCAAGCACAUUAAAAGCCAGCAGCAUCCUGAGCACCAAACCUCCCAUCCAGCCCCGACCGGUGUGUGUUGCUGCUUCACUCCCCGUCCCCCAAAACCCUGCACCAGCGAAGACCCUCAUACUGCAGGGGCUGCCCUCCAUGGAUCAGAACAGACCUGUCGUCCUCUCUCCGUCCGUCUGUCUCAGUUCGGCUCCGGCUAUUGUCAAAAUGGAACCUGUGUCCCCCAGCAUCCCUCAGCACUGCUCCAGCCCAACUGCCUCCUCAACCAGCAAGCCCAUCGUCCCGGCGACCACGGCGUUGCCCAGCAACAACUCCAACGACAUUGAUAUGAAGGUGCUAAAGCGGCAACAGAGGAUGAUAAAGAACCGAGAGUCUGCCUGCCAGUCGAGAAAGAAAAAGAAGGAAUACCUGCAGAACCUGGAGGCYCAGCUGAGGGAAGCACAGCAGGAGAACGAACGACUCCGCAGGGAGAACCAGGCGCUGAGGGAGAGACUGGCUGUGAAGGAGAGCAGCGACUCUGCAAGCAACAAGAGAGCAGUGUGUGUCAUGGCGGUUCUGCUGUUCAUGACCUUCAGCUUUGGCCCCGUCAGCAUCACAGACAGGAAGCUGUCGGCCGGUCUGCAGGAAGAUCUGGUGUCGUAUACGGGUCGCCGGCUGCUGGAGAUCGAACAGCAGCAGGAGCGCCAGGCUGAUCCUCAACCUCUCCAGAAAAUUGAGGACAAACAGGAGAAACCGGAGUCCGGCGGCGACGAGCGGUGGAAGGGAGGAGAGGCGGAGAGAUACGCUCCAGAGUCUUAUCAGUUCCGAAACCUGAGUGACAUGUUCAGUGACAUGAAGGAUCUGGUUCUGCCAGACAUCGAGCGUUACUUCACUUCCUCAGACUGCCGACAGUUCAACCGCUCUGAGUCUCUCAGGCUUGCAGACGAGCUGAGAGGUUGGGUUCAUCGACAUCAAAUCGACAGGAAGAAGUCUGGAGGAAAAGCAAAGACGGCCAAAAAAGCAAAGAUCACCCAGAAAGCUCAACUGAGGAAGGCAAACAUCUCCAGAUAUCUGCCGAUCCAGGCUCACCGCUCCAUAGAAAGUCAGCUGAGGGUACUUCCUGGUCCUGAGGUCACCUACAGCGACUUCCUGGACGCCAUCGACCGCAGGGAAGACACGUUCUACGUCGUGUCUUUCAGGAGGGACCACCUGUUACUUCCUGCCAUCAGCCACAACAAAACCAGCCGSCCUAAAAUGUCUCUGGUGAUGCCGGCCAUGUCUGUUAACGAGAGUCUCUACAACUCGUCUCAGGGCUACGAGAUGAUGAUGCAGGUCGACUGCGAGGUUAUGGACACUCGCAUCGUCCCCAUAAAGUCCUCUGCCGUCCCUCCGUCUCUUCGCGACCCCACCCCUCCUCCGCCCGCCUCCCAGCACGGCGCCCACCAUCACCAUGGCAACAACACCUCCCUCAGAGGGCGGCACCAGCACCAUCCAUCGUCUUCUUCCCCGUCUCCAAGGCAGCCUCUGCCCUCCCGAACUCAAACACCCGAAUACUUGAUCAGCCAAUCAGAAGGCGUCUGAGGAGACACAGAGACGAGUCUGAUGGUUGAAGGUUGGUGACUCAGAUGAAGAAUCAAAGGAAAUCUUUUUAAAAUCUCUUCACUAAGCAAAAAAGGUUUCAGAGACGUUUAGAAUCCAACAAAACUGUGUUAAAUUCUGUGAGUUUAUCUAGCAUUUCAUCAGCGACGGGUACUGACAGGACCAAAUAAAAUACUGUCAAAAUACACAGAUCUAUUGAAAGUGAAUCAAACUGAUCAGUUUCAGUUUUCUUUAGAGACUACUCGGUUAUUUCCCUUCAACAGUCAAAUCUUGAUCAAAUUUGACUCUUUAUCGGGCUCUGUUCCGUUUGAUGGGGCCACAUUUUGAAGUUCUUUGGACGUUGCAUAUUUAAACCCGUCAUCUCUGGUUCUGCAGACAUACUAAAGUCACUAAGAAAAGAAGUYACUGCGAUAUAAUCUACGUGUUUAGAGGUUAUAUUCAGGUUUCAGGACAUGAAAUGUUUUCAGUGUCAUGGAUUGAGUUUUUUAAUGGUUUCAGGGUUUAAAACUUUCGUCUUGGGAUUCUAGGCGUAGAGAGACACGAUGUACAUAUUUAGAUACAUUGUGAUCAAUAAAACUGCAGAAAUCUAGYGUUCCUUUAUCUGAAAAAAGUCAAGAAACUUUAAAGGCCUUUACAGUUUGUUGUAAAUACAGUGUAUUUCAUAAAUCUGAUUAUUUGACACAACAUUGACAGCUGCUGCAUGACGGCRGGCGCUAUUUGGUUAAAAGAUAUGUGAGGUGGGUUUUUUUGUUCUUUUUGUAGACUUUAUAMAUUUUUACAAAGGAGUCUUGUUGAUUUGUUUUCUCAGCAAACACACUAUAUGAAUGCCAGCUGCAGUUCAAGUUGAGCAGUGGCGUAGAAAUUGAGUUUCAGCAGAAUCAAU